UCAGCGGUGCUUAUCUCACGCCAAGUCCUUGACCAAUUGUGAUUAUCUCAGACCCCACAUGAGGUCCCGUGGGCCGAUCGUCUAGACAAGCCUUCCCCACGUUGCUAUCAUGUCCGAGCCCUCGGGUACUCAGAUCAUGUGAAACUCCACCCAGAGCCGCCGACAGCUGCAGCAGUCUGCACAAUCCUCCCAUAAUCUUGUUUAGACUUGUCACUGACGUCUAAUCGCAACAUCCACAGCGCAGCAGCACCUUACGGACAAGCACAUUUGCAACAUGUACGGUCGUGGCGGCGCAGGCAACAUCGCGCAAGCGGCUGCAACAAGCAAGAAAGCCGCAGAGGAUGUCGAGGCUGCCAACCCACCCUCAACCACACCAUCAGCACCCUCCCAGACCUCGUCCACCGCCUCACAAGACUACGCACACAUGGGCCGCGGCGGCGCAGGGAACUGGUUCCAGCCCAAGACACUGCAGACAGAAGGCACGUUCUCCCAGCCCGCUGGCGAGUCCACCGCGCCGCCCACAAACGCCACGCCCAACGUGAGCAAGCCCUGGACGCCCGAGGGCCAGGAGCUGCCCGUCGCGCGGCAGGGCAGGGGCGGCGCAGGGAAUAUGGUUUGGAAGAGCGAGGAGAUGUGGAGGAAGGAGAAGGAGGAUGAGAAGAGGCGCAAGGAGGAGAUUGAGAAGAACGCUGAGGCGGCGGCCGGGGGGCUGCAGAGUCCUACGAGGGCGGUGUUUGGGACGCAGAAGGGUGGGAGGGGAUGGUAGUAUAGGAGGUGUGUAUGCGCAAGAUUUGUGGGCGGGGAUGGGCAAUGAGGUGCAGCCAACGAAGGCGAUACCCACGAGGGAGCCAGAGAUUAGCAGCGUGGUCUAGAGAUCUUCGAUCUGUAAUGAUAGUUGUCUGAGC